AUGUCUAACGAAGGGAAGGAUUCAAGACCAAAGACAGGUGACAAGCAGGAAAAUGAAGCACCAGCUCCAACAAUCGUUGAGCAGCUUAGCAAUAACACACGCACUGUAGUUGCAUUCAUUAGAGACAAAUCUUAUACAAUUAAUAUUGCAGACGGAAGCCAAACAGUUGAUUGGCUAGCAGAUGUAGUAUUAUUCAAAUAUAAACGCUCGCAAUUCGAAAAAAUGAACUGCAGAGGUGUCAAAUAUCAUAAUAAACUUCUCGACAUGCAAAGCCCAAUUGCUUUACAGGUUGAAAAUGGACAAGAAGUCUACAUUUUACUCGAAGGUGAUGAAGAUGUUGAUCAAAUGUUCGGCGAUGAAAUUUAA